AUGAAUAACACUGCUGCUAGCCCGAUGGCUGCUGCUACUUCAAGUAGUGGGAGAAGUGCUGGGAGGCCCGUAAGCUUUGCCACAGAGCUUCAGAGUAUGAUGUUUUCUUUGGGUGAUGCCAGAAGGCCUCUUCAUGAAACAGCAGUUUUGGUAGAAGAUGUAGUACACACUCAAUUAGUUAAUCUGUUGCAGCAAGCUGCUGAAGUUUCCCAACUGAGGGGAGCAAGAGUGAUCUCUGCUGAAGAUCUUCUGUUCUUGAUACGAAAAGAUAAGAAAAAACUUAGAAGACUUUUAAAGUACAUGUUUAUCCGAGACUACAAAUCAAAGAUUGUCAAAGGCAUUGAUGAGGAUGAUCUUCUAGAAGACAAAUUGAGUGGCAGUAGUAAUACAAACAAAAGACAGAAAAUUGCUCAGGAUUUCCUCACUUCUAUUGACCAGACAGGAGAACUUUUGGCAAUGUUUGAAGAUGAGGAAAUUGAUGACGUUAAACAAGAAAGAAUGGAGAGAGCAGAAAGACAGACUCGAAUAAUGGAUUCGGUCCAAUAUGCAGAAUUCUGUGAAAGCCGACAGUUAAGUUUCUCAAAAAAAGCUUCGAAAUUUCGAGACUGGCUGGACUGUGGCAGCAUGGAGAUAAAGCCCAAUGUUAUUGCGAUGGAAAUUUUAGCCUAUUUGGCAUAUGAGACUGUGGCACAGCUGGUGGAUCUGGCUCUACUUGUGAGGCAGGACAUGGUAACCAAGGCUGGGGAUCCCUUCAGCCAUGCCAUUUCUGCAACCUUCAUUCAGUACUACAACUCUUCUGAGAGCACUGCGGCCUGUGGUGUUGAGGCUCACAGCGAUGCCAUCCAGCCCUGCCACAUCAGAGAGGCCGUUCGACGCUACGGCCACAAGAUUGGCCCCCUCUCCCCAUUCACAAGUGCCUACCGCAGGAAUGGGAUGGCGUUUUUGGCCUGCUGACGUGCCUGGAACUGCCUACGGGAACAAGAAAGGCAAUGUGACACUGAGGUGACUUCCACUCCUUGCACAAAAUAAAAUUUAAGUUCACCUGCA